AUGUGGUCAUUAUGGUUGUCGAGUAUCUUGCUUGUUGGACUAUAUCUCUUCAAGCGCCUUUCAUCCCCACUUGCCAAGGUCCCCGGCCCGUGGUAUACGAACUUCACCAGCUUCUGCCUGAAGUACCACGAGUUCACAGCGACCAGACGUCUUUUCGUUCACCAUCUACACAAGAAGUAUGGUCCUGUAGUCCGCCUUGCGCCGAACGAAGUCUCGUUUGCUAGCCUAAAUGCUAUCCGAGAGAUCUACGCAUCCGGCGGCAGUGGUUAUGAUAAGACGGAAUACUAUGAUUUAUUCCGACAAUAUGGGAUUAAAACCAUGUUCUCUACUCUCGAGAAGCAAGGACAUAGUCAUAGGAAGCGGGAAUUGGCUGAUAGAUACGCCAUGUCAAACGUCGUGCGCGAGAAGCAUGUGUCCGCCAUUAAGGAGCGAGCUCAGACCUUUGUAUCGAGAGUUGCCGCCAUCGAAGGAAGUGUGAAUGUCUACUCCCUCUUGCACUGCUACGCGCUUGAUGGAGUAACAAACUUCAUGUUUAGCCCUGGUGGCUUGAAAUCCUUAGAUAACGCUAAGGACUAUGAGAUGAUGGAGGAGUUGACAUAUCAUCAAAGCCUGCAGAAAAAUCUUCUACACUAUUACCUCCCCACAUUAACCCCAUAUUUCCCAUCUUGUCUAGUCCCCCGCCCUGCCCCCAAAGCAAAUGCAUAUGCGGUACAGAUGGCCGGGCAACAACGCCCAGAUGAGCACAGCUUAGUCGCGCGUCUCACCCGCAAAGGCUCGCCGCUGAGCCACAUGCAAGUCGCCGCCGAAUGCAAAGACCAUAUGGCUGCAGGCAUUGACACUACCGGUGAUGCUCUUUGCUUUCUUAUGUGGGAACUCUCUCAGCCACAGAACUUCCAAUUUCAAGAUCGUCUUCACAAGGAGCUGGCAUCAGCAUCGGAUGAUACACCUCUAGAUAAAAUGCCAUAUCUAGAUGCUGUUAUAAAGGAAGCCUUGCGAUGCACACCGCCAAUUCCGAUGUCUUUUCCACGGUACGUCCCAUCCGGUGGCAGGACUAUCGAUGAGUACUUCAUCCCAGAGAAUACUAUUGUCAGCUGUCAGCCAUAUACGGUACACCGUUUCAACGAAGAAGUGUUCCCCGAGCCGGACCGUUUCAAUCCGGAGCGAUGGUUAAAAGAAGAGGGCUUCAAUGACCGGAAUCGAUUGUUCUUCUCGUUUGGGACGGGCGGGAGAGGGUGUACCGGAAAGAACCUUGCAAUGGUGGAAAUGAGAGUUCUUCUGCGAGAGCUGUAUUCUCGGUUUCGGUCGUCGGUUGCCCCGGAUAUGACUGCGUCCAUGGACCUCGAUGAUCAGAUCAUCUCCGCUCGUCCUAAGGAUCAGGUUUGUAAGCUGAUCUUCGCUGUUAGAGGCGAGGAUGCCGAUACCGCGUAG